AUGACAGUAACAGCUUCCUUUUUAGAAAUCAAAUAUCAAGGUACAAUGUUGAUGAAUCAUGGUUAUAUUGAUGCUGGAGAGGUGGACUUGGAACCAGAAGGGGAGAUAAAUCUAGAUGGUAGAGGAUAUGAAGCAAUGAUAGGUUUAGGUGUAGGGAGUGGUACUGCUGGAGGAAGUUAUGGUGGAGUUGGUGGAGGAGCUGAUGAUUCUUAUCCCCAUGGGUCUCUGUUUUCACCGUCAGAUCUUGGCAGUGGUGGUGCGGGAGGGAGCAGUGCUGGGUCUGGAGGAGGGUAUCUUCACAUGAAAGUUGGAAGAAACAUCCAUGUGGAUGGUGUCAUUAGUGCCAAUGGAACAGAAGCCACCAGUGGCAGUACUGGUGGUGGAAGUGGUGGCAGUUUAUUUGUAGAGGCCUACAAUAUUUCUGGACAUGGUAUAAUAGCUGUACAUGGAGGUGAUGGAAGUGGCACAGGAGGAGGAGGAAGUGGAGGUAGAGUGGCUCUUCAUGUUGGUUCUUUUAAUUUGUAUGGAGGGGAGUAUCUAUCACGAGGAGGUAAAGGAUCAAGUGAUGGUGGACCAGGAACUACCUUCAAGUAUGAAUCACAGAGAGGUCCUACAUAUAGAGAACUGAAAUAUAAUCCACGACUUAAUAAGACUAUGAUUCAACCAGAGCAUUCAAAACUAUUAGUGGAUAAUGGUGACUUAACAACGGACAAUCCAGCCAUGGUAAUGGAAAACAAUAGUGUUUAUUAUGAAUUUGAUGAGGUUCAAGUGGAAGGAUACUCAUAUGUGCACUUCUACCAUCCUAAAGGAACAAAAAAUCUAACUGUGAUUAUCCAUGAACUUACCGGUAACAAGAAAGGUCUUGUUCGUGUCCAGAUACGUCAACAAGUAAUUGUUAACUAUGUAGAAUCUACACAUACAUUGCUUGAUGCUCCUUGUGGUUUCCACGUUGAUAUUGGAGGAGAACUAGUAAUGCCAACUGACUUCAUAUUGACAACUGAAAGGUUUAUUCUUAGUGGAAGAAUGGUUGGAGUAGAAAAUCUUUACAUAGAACGUAAUGCAGAAUUAACAAUAUCGGAACAAGCUCACACAAGCCAGAUCAAAUCUCUGGUCAUGUGGUAUACAGAAAUGCCAGAGAAUAGUUACGCCCCCGGGUUAAUUGCUGUUGGAACAUUGAAUGUAAACAAUCUAGGCAAAAUAACUGUGACCAUUGAUCCUUUGAAUCCAACUUUCCAAAUAGGUAAUCUUACUGUGAAGAAUGGAGGUACUAUAGAAACUGACACUUUGAAGGUCACCUUAAAUGCUACAAUGAUAACAGUAGAAAAGGGUGGAUCUGUUACUGGUGAUGGUCAUGGCUAUGGAGUUGAGGAGGGUGAUGGAGCAGGUACCAGAUCUUCCUAUGAUUCAUCUGGAGCUGGACAUGGCAGUGCAGGAGGUAGAAGUGAAGAUACAACCACAGUUGGCAGUCAGUAUGGAUCGGUAUUAACAGCAUCAGAACCUGGAAGUGGAGGAGGCGGUUCCAGUGGUGGAGCAGGUGGCAGUCAUAUCACUUUCAAUGUAGGGGAGACCCUACGUUUGGAUGGCAGUAUAUCCGUGAGUGGAGAGAAUGGACUAACUAGUACAUUUAAUUCUGGAGGUGGAAGUGGUGGUAGUGUGAUGAUAACAGCUUACAGUAUCAGAGGGUAUGGUCAGUGUACAGCCAAUGGUGGUCAAGCCUUCUCUGGUACAAUCAGUAGUGAAUUUUAUGCCAAUGGAGGUGGUUCAGGAGGAAGAAUAGCCAUAUACUUGUCAGAAUACAUGUUGUUUAAUGGAGAUUUGGUGGCUACAGGUGGCACUGCUUACUACCCUGGUGGUCCAGGUACCGUCUAUGUUCAGUCACAUGUUGCUAACAACAUGCACAAGGAGUUAUGGAUAGAUAAUUUAGGCAGAGGUGAUGAAAACAGCUGUGAUUACCGCACAGAGAUAGACAAUAUAGACCUAGAUGUGAUCCACGUAGAGAACAGAGCAUGUGCAGUACCUACUAAUACACCUUUGUAUGUUGGUCACAUCCACAGUGGAACAGGAUUACUACAAGUUGAAGCUGGAAUUGCUGUUAAGAUUUCAACUCUAAAACUAAAGGAUUCUAUUGGAGCUAACUUAUAUGGUAUGAAAGAUUCAAAAAUCAUGUAUGCAUCCACAAUCUUCGUAGAACAGACAAUGACCAUCUAUGGCACCAUGACUGGGUUAGAUCACUUAUACUCAAGAGGAACAAGCAGGUUAACAAGUGAUGGCAACUUAAUGGCCAACUCUGGUGAAGAAAUAACAGGAGCAUAUCAGUUAACAUCAGCUACAGUGCUGGCUGGUGGUAAAAUGGCAUUAAAUGAUACAGGCUAUACAACAGACAACGGUGUAUACCUUGUUGCAGACUUUAUCCACGUGGAACAUACUGGUUUGUUUGAAAUUUAUCCAUCUGGUACUGUAUUUGGUGGUGUGUUUGACAUUGAAAAGUCUAGCACUGUCCUUGGACUGAGGCUUGGGUACCCACCAGCCUCUGGACCAGGAGCUGGAACGUCUUGUAGUGGAGCAGGUGGAGCUGCCCAUGGGGGUAAUGGAGGUCGUGGUUACAGUAGUUGUCAUCAUUAUUGUGCUGGAAGUACAUCUACAUAUGACUCAGAAGUCUGUCUACCAAUCACUGCUGGCAGUGGAGGGGCACGUGGUAGCCACUAUUUGGCUGAAGGAGGAUGGGGAGGCUCAGCUAUCAAGGUCAUCACUAGAAACGCCAUGUAUUUGGAGGGAACAGUUGAUAUGGAUGGUGCAAAUGGAGUGUCUGGUGGUGCUGGUGGCAGUGGUGGCUCUGUGUGGCUGGAUAGUGAGAUUAUUGAAGGAUGGGGUGAACUGACAGCCAAUGGAGGUGGGGGUUCCAAUGCCUAUUACAACUGUCACUACUAUGGUGGUGGAGGAGGAGGCGGUAGAAUUAGAACAUAUACUGGAAACUACACACACAAGGUCUUAUACAACCAACGGUAUGUCAAUGGUGGAUCUGGUAGCUAUGGAAGUGGAGGUACUGGUUCUCUUUGUGAUUCAUCUGGUGGUCUCUGUAGUAAUCAUGGAUCAUUUGAGUCAGGUGCUUGUAUCUGUGAUCCGGGGUAUGUUGGCAUGGACUGCCAGUACAACUGCACUGCUGCUAUAACUUGUUCAGGACAGGGAACAUGUGCUCAAGAUGGAACUUGUAUUUGUGAAGCCGGCUAUGUUGGCCAUCGAUGUGACAGUAACUGCCAUGAUGAUGUGACUUGCUCUGGUAAUGGAAAAUGUACUGCUAUUGGAACUUGCAUCUGUGAUCCUUGUUACCUUGGUGAUGACUGUUCCAACCUGUGUGGAGGUCAAGGACAGUGUGUUGGUGACAAAUGUGAAUGUGAUGAAUGCCAUCUUGGAGAGUUCUGUGAAUCAGAAUGUAAUGAUCAUGGUAGCUGUGUGGAUGGUAUAUGUAGUUGUACAGAUAACUGGCAGGAAGAUAAAUGUACCAGACCAGGAUGUCCUUCUAUCAACACCCAGUCAUGCUCUGGACAUGGUAUCUGUCUGGCAGGCAUUGGUACAUGUGUUUGUGAUCCUGGAUGGUCAGGCCCUGAUUGUGGAUCUCCUGAUUGUCCUGGUGAUCCUAACUGUAAUAGUCAUGGAUACUGUAAUACAACGUUUGAACCACCUCAAUGUUCCAAUUGUGAUGACGAAUGGGCGGGACCAGCCUGUGGAGAUCCUUGUGUGUACGGCUUACCUGAUGAUCAAAAUGUUUGUAUCUGUGAGAAGAUAUGUUACCAUGGUACUGGUUGUGACAUAGAAUGUUCAGGGAAUGGUGAGUGUGCUAAUGAUGGAAGCUGUUUCUGUGAUCCAUUGAUUGGCUGGAGUGGCAAAUAUUGUGAAGUACCAGGAUGUCCCAGACAUCCUUCAACUGACGUGGAGUGUAGCGAACAUGGUGACUGUAACAGUGAAGAUCGUGAGUGUAAAUGUUUUAGAGGAUGGAUUGGUGCUGCUUGUCACAUUGCUGACUGUCCUGGAACACCUGACUGUAAUGACCGUGGUACUUGUGAUGAGUGGGGCUUUGAUCCUCCACAAUGUCAGAACUGUACAGGAGACUGGAUGGGACCAGCUUGUAAUGAUCCCUGUGUUAAUGGCACUCAGACACCUAUGAACUCUGGGAACUGUCUAUGUGAUCCUGGUUUCGCUGGAGUGGGAUGUGACUCUGAAUGUUCUGAGAAUGGUAAAAUUGUAGAUGGAGAGUGUGAAUGUGAUUAUGUCACAGGUUGGAAAGGAGAUUUAUGUGACAUUCCUGGAUGUCCUGGAUUAUAUAAAUUGGAUUGCUCAGAUAGAGGUGGAUGUGAAAGUGCCACACAUACAUGUACCUGUAGACCAGGAUGGACUGGUAUAGGAUGUGAGUAUGCUGAUUGUGCUGGUACCCCUGACUGUAAUAACCAUGGAAUGUGUGAUGACAGUGAAGAUCCUCCUGAUUGCAAAUGUGAUGCUAAAUGGUUUGGUCAUUCCUGUGAAGAACCAUGUGUUAAUGGAGUUGUCUCCCCUCAGUAUAGUGACAAUUGUACCUGUAAUAUAGGAUGGGCAGGUAUCAACUGUGACUCUGAGUGUUCUGAUCAUGGCACAAUAGUUAACAAUCAAUGUGAAUGUGAUGUUGGUUGGCGAGGGGACCUUUGUGAUGUCCCAGGAUGUCCUGGGAUUGGCAAAGACUGUACAGGGCGUGGCAUCUGUAAUACAAUAUCACAUGUAUGUGCGUGUUUCCCAGGCUGGGGAGGUGAUGGAUGUGAGUAUGCUGACUGCCCAGGAAACCCUGAUUGUAAUGAACGAGGAACAUGUGACUCAACCCAUGACCCUCCUAUCUGUUUGGAUUGUAUAUCUGGUUGGAUGGGAGCUGCCUGUGCAGACCCCUGUGUACAAGGAGCACAGGUACCAGCCAAUAGUGGAUUCUGUAGUUGUGAGCCUUGCUAUGCUGGAUUAGGAUGCAACAGUGAAUGUAAUGGUAAUGGAAAAUGUAAUGGUACACUAAAUGCCUGUGAUUGUGAUGUGGGAUGGCGCGGUACUAAAUGUGAGGUUCCUGGAUGUCCUGGAGAAACCGAAGAUUGUACUUUACAUGGAAAAUGUAACACAGCAAAUCAUAUAUGUACCUGUGUACCUGGUAAAUACAAUUGA